AAAGCUCAAAUUGGCCCAAAUCCUAGCUCCUCUAUAAUCCGCUGCGGGGAGGAGCUUUUAACCCUUCGCUGUCCGUCGUCACGUCUUCUGAAUAUUUUGAGGUAUCGAAGAUGUAUACAUCAAGGAAGAAGAUCCACAAGGAUAAAGAUGUUGAGCCAACGGAAUUCGAGGAGUCGGUUGCUCAGGCUUUCUUUGAUUUGGAGAACACCAACAAUGAUCUAAAAAGUGACCUCAAAGAUCUCUACAUCAAUUCAGCCAUUCAGAUUGAUGUUUCUGGUAGCCGGAAAGCCGUUGUUAUCCAUGUUCCGUACAGAUUGAGGAAACCUUUUCGCAAGGUUCAAGUUAAUCUUGUGAGGGAGCUUGAAAAGAAGUUCAGCGGCAAGGAUGUGAUUCUUGUUGCUACCCGAAGGAUAUUGAGGCCUCCAAAGAAAGGCUCUGCUGUUCAGAGGCCACGCAGCCGCACAUUAACUGCUGUACAUGAAGCAAUGCUCGAAGAUAUAGUCUUACCAGCCGAGAUUGUCGGCAAGCGUACUCGAUACUGUAUUGAUGGAUCAAAGAUAAUGAAGGUCUAUUUGGACCCAAAGGAACGAAACAACACAGAGUAUAAGCUUGAGACCUUCUCCGCAGUUUACCGGAAGCUUGCCGGAAAAGAUGUUGUGUUUGAGUUCUCUGUUUCAGAGGCAUAGAUAAGUCAUUUUACAAAGUGAU